CUUCAUAAUGCGUCGAUUAUAGUAUGAUCCCAUCUCUAAAGGCAAUUUUUUUGAAAUUUGAAAAUAAAUGUCAAGAAAAAGGGAACUGAACAAAUAUGCUUUAAUAAUAUAUAGUAAUUCUUAUAUACUUAUAUAAACGAAAACAAUUUUUUUUCGCAUCAUGUCGUUGAGAAGGAGCUUUAUUAGAUUUGCUAACAUUCAAACAACACGACACUUUAAAAUAAGGUCCUUAAGUACUCGUACAGCUCCAAAUGAACAAAGUACUGAAAGAAAACAAACACAUUUUGGUUUCGACACUAUUGACGAAGAGGAAAAGACUAAAAAAGUGCAUGAGGUAUUUGAAACAGUAGCUGAUAAAUAUGAUGUAAUGAAUGAUGUUAUGUCUCUGGGUAUUCACCGAGUAUGGAAGGACAUUUUUAUGCAGAAAUUGGCUCCUAGACCUGGUACAAAGUUGCUUGAUAUGGCUGGUGGAACAGGCGAUAUAACAUUCCGGUAUAUCAACUACCUGAGAAAUAUUCGUCAAAUAUCCACAGAAAAACCUAGUCAUGUCACAGUAAGUGACAUCAACCAGUCUAUGCUAGAUGUUGGGAAAAUAAGAGCAGAAAGACAAGGUUACACAGGAGAUCCUUUGGUGUCUCUAGACUGGCUGUGUGCUGACGCAGAGAAAUUGCCAAUACCAGAUGAGAGUUAUAAUGCCUACACCAUUGCUUUUGGAAUAAGAAACUGUACACAUGUGGAUAAGGUUUUAGAAGAGGCAUUCCGUGUGCUGCAGCCUGGUGGACGUUUUAUGUGUUUGGAGUUCAGUCAUUUGUCAAACACACAACUACAAUGGAUUUAUGACCAGUACUCCUUCCAAGUGAUACCUGUGCUGGGGCAACUAGUAGCAGGACAAUGGAAGCCUUACCAGUAUCUUGUCGAAAGCAUUAGACAGUUUCCAGAUCAGGAUAGAUUCAAAGCAAUGAUCGAAGACGCAGGCUUCAGGCAGGUUUCUUACGAAAAUUUAACAUUUGGUGUGUGUUCCAUACAUUCUGGGUUUAAGUUGUAAACACUUAAAAUUGUUAAGGAUAUAAUAAAUUUAACCUUUGUUUAUGUAAAAAGUGAUAGUUCUGAAAAAAUAUAGUAUUGACAGUUAAAUGUUAUUUUUAACUUCCUUGUUUGUUGGGUUACUGUUGUUUUAGCUGAUAAAUUUUAGAACACAUGAGUAAGCUUUCUUAUGUGCCUAAGUUACUUUAGCCUACAGGUGUAGAUUUAUUUGCAAAUAAAAACAGUUUGAUCUUAUCUGAAAGAUAAUAUAAACUUGAUUUCUUUAAUUCACUAGUUAUAUUUAACUGGUCGCGUCUAUGCAUAUUAUGGUCCGGUUGGCUCGUGUAUGUGUGGUCUUGAGUUGUGGAGUCGGUCUUUUUCUCGUCCAUUAUUUGAGAGUUACAAUUUUUUUGUUGGAAGGUAGAAUGAAGAAAAUAAAACAAUACAUAUUUUUGAAUAUUUAUUAAAAUCCAUCAAACUAAAGUUGUUGGAAUGCAGACGUAUCUAUUAUAAUAUACAAUACACACUCGUCGUCAAAUCUAUUUAAAAAACUACCGAAAUUAAUUUACUGCGUAUUUUAUUAGGUUGACAUCGACCAAUCACAAGCGCGAUGUUAGUAAAAUCCACUCCGAUUGGUCGGUGUAAUUUCGGGAGUAGAAUUAGGCCCGUUACCAGCUUUACGGAGGUUAUACACUAAUUAUUAUGACCGCAAAUUUUAAAAUGUACCGUUUACAUUGUCAAAUUUCAAACUAAACCGCAAUAUUCCUAUCUUGUCGAGUACCCUAUCUGCACCCCUAGGGCCCAUUAAGCUGCCGUGAGUCGUCUGCUCGGAGAGAGGUUAAGCUCAAGCAUGCUCGUAUGACACGUUAGCUCUAGACUAUUGACGUAUGUAAUGAGCGAAGCGGGUCUCCGCGUCACA